UUGGCUAAACUGCUAUCUUGGAGGUUUUUGAGCUGCCCCAACCUAAAAGGAAUGGUUGAAUUGAAUGGUCAUGGCAAUUGGCAAGAAGGCGCGAAAUGUGUGACAAUAAUAUUAUUUUACUAAAACCGUUGAAUAUUUUUAAUGUUCCAAGUGCUAUGAGAACCUAUUCUUGAUUUUUUAACAUCCAGUAAAUUACUACUAUACUGUCUACAUCAUCAAAAUGGCAGAGGGUUACAUCGUUAGACUAUCAUUGAGGAAUUUUAUGACCUUCGAUGAUGUUACCUUUUUACCAAGCAACAGAUUAAAUUUGGUAAUCGGUCCAAAUGGCAGUGGUAAGUCUUCGCUGUCAUGUGCCAUGGUUUUGGGAUUAGCCGGGAAGACAAAGAUCCUCGGCCGAGCUCCUGAGGUGGGACAGUUUGUAAAACGAGGAAAGCAGAAGGCUGAAAUUGAAAUAGAAUUGUACAAGAAGAAUAACAAUAACAUUACUGUGAGGAGGACAAUGACUAUCGACAACAAAACAAGUUGGCAUCUAAAUGAUAAGCCUGCUUCCCAGAAAGAGAUUGAAGACCUGAUGAAGUCGUUGCAAAUACAGGUGGAUAAUCUGUGCCAGUUUUUGCCACAAGAUCGAGUCCACGAUUUCGCCAAAAUGAACAAGCAAGAGCUGCUUGACAAUACCCAAAAAUCAGUUGGAUCUCCAAAGUUGUACCAGAUGUUCAACGAGCUGAAGAAUAACAUGAAACUUGACGGCAAUCACGAAAAGGAUGUCCAGAAGAUAAAAGAUCAGAUUUUGAGAUCGGAAGACCAGGUUGAAAAGUGAGUUGAAUC